AUCUUUUUGUAAAAGGAGCUUAAACAAAGUUGUCUACUGCUGAAAAAACAAAAAACCCUAAAUCAUUACCCACGAAACCUCCCCUACCCUUGGCUGUUGUUGUCGCUUCCAUCUUCCUGUCUGACGUCACGGAGUUGCCGUCGCCGUUAUCGUUACUCCGUUCGACCUCUCCUCCUUCAUUGCUACUCCGUUCAACUCCUGCAUCGCCGCCUCUUUCUCUGCCGCCUGCGCGUUGUUUUUACCGUCUCUGCUCGCUCGGGUCACCGGCAUCUCUGCCACUCGCCUUUCUGCUCUCCUCUCUGGCCACGUCUUUACUCGCCUCUUCUCUCCGUCUCUGCCCACCCUAGUUUGCAAAGCAACAGCAGACCACUUUUUGUAGCAGAAGUUUUGUUAAAAGAGCAGGAGAAGCAGCCAAAAGAACAAUGAAUAUACUCUCAGUUUCACGUAGGUCAUUGAAUUUUGUUUCGAUAAAUCAGUUUCGUCAGACACAUUUGCUCAGAAGACUUUCUACAUGGCAGUUUACUGAUAAUGGCACUGUUAAUCAGCAAACUAAUAAGUUAGAGACUCCGGAGGAGUUUGAGGGGCGGAUUUUUGGUGAUAAUCCUGGGAGAAGUUCUUCAGUUGAUUCCUUUUUUGAAAAGGUUUCUCGUUGGGGAAAGGCUCAAGAUAGAUCUAAAGGUGAAAACUCAUGGUUGGAUGAUCUAGAAGAAAGUUUUGACACAUUAUCUGAUGGAAUGGAUGGAAAACUGAAGAAUGCUGCACGAUACUUUGAAUAUGAUUCAGACGAAGUCGAAGAAGAAGACUAUUCUUUUCGACAUGAUGCCACCUUUUGGCCUUACACAACGUAUGAAUUAAGGGAUCUUGACUUUACAAAACCUGGCGUACGCAAACCCAAACCGAGGGAUGAAUUCCAAAUAACCACGAAAGAAGUUCUUAGUCAGGCAGAUUUCAGGAAUGUUAGUUUCCUAGCAAACUUCAUAACAGAGGCAGGAAUAAUUAUUAAGAGAAGCAAGACUGGCAUUAGUGCAAAGGCUCAAAGGAAGGUUGCUAGAGAGAUUAAAACUGCUCGUGCUUUUGGCUUGAUGCCUUUUACAACAAUGGGUACAAAGGCAUUUAUUUCUGGGAGAACCAUGGAGAAUGUUGAUGAUGACUUUGCAUAUGAGACUUUUGGUAGAAAAAUGCAUGCCAAUCCUGCUAUGGAAGAUGACUACUCACGAGAGCGUAGAUAAAGAUGUGUGUUCUGUGGGGGUUCAGGUAGCUUGCAUCUAAUCUACAUUUUGUGCUUUUUGAUGUUCCUCUCCUGCUUAGAGACCUGAAAUUGAUUGAACUUCAAUUCGCAGCAAGAGCUUUGAUUACUAAGGUGUGUAUGCGUAGUUUAUGCUAGUAUAAAUCUUGAAGCUACAUGGUCUUAUUUCCUUGGUAGUAUCAUCAUACCGCCCGGGUUGGAGGCGUAGAAAUUUAUCCUUUAUGCAGAUUUCUUUCAAUGUAUCUGGAUAAAUAAGUCCUACUUAAUUUUAUUAUACGACAUUAAGUUCUCAAAAAAUAUCAUUAUAA